AUGCAUUCAGGUGAUUGCGGAGAUGAGCUAAGAAGUGAAAACAUUAUAUCAGAUGGCAGUAUGAGAACCGAAACCGAUACACAUACGAAUUCCAUUACAAAUCCGUCUAUCCAAAUUCAAAUAAAUCAGGGGUUAAUAAAUACAGAUUCAAGUGAUUCUCUUGCUGUCGACCAAAUAGGCAGUGAAGGUGGAUCGGCUAGAGAUGUUGUUCGUUGCCUUUUGCCGCAUGUUGAUCUACCAGACAAUCUUUCUGAGCAAGAUUUGUAUCGAAUCAUUCGAAAGAUUUUAUACAGUGAACGUCCUAGACGCACAAAAUUACCUGAAUUCAAUUCAUUUGAUGAUGCGGUUGAGCUUUUUAAAAGAUGCAGUCGCAUCUUAGUUUUAACUGGUGCUGGCGUUUCUGUAUCCUGCGGUAUACCUGACUUCCGGAGUAAAAACGGCAUAUAUGCGCGACUUCACAUCGAAUAUCCAGAUCUUCCAGAUCCAACUGCUAUGUUUGAUAUCAAUUACUUUAGUAAAAAUCCGAAACCAUUUUUCGAAUUCGCUAGGGAAUUAUUCCCUGGUCGUUAUGAGGCUUCGAUGUGCCAUUACUUUAUCAAGGCGCUCGAAGAUAAUGGGAAAUUGUUGAGAAAUUACACUCAGAAUAUUGAUACUUUGGAGCAAGUAGCUGGAAUCAAGCGAAUUGUACAGUGCCAUGGGUCAUUUGCAACGGCAACUUGUCAAAACUGUGGUUUAAAAGUCGAUAGCGAAGCUAUUCGAGAAGACAUUGACUUUGGGCGUGUUGCGAUGUGUAGAAUGUGCAGUCAGCCGGAAGGAGUUAUGAAACCUGACAUAGUUUUUUUCGGUGAAGAUCUCUCCGAUGAUUUCCAUGAAAAAAUGGCCGAGGACAGAGAAAGGGUUGACUUGGUUGUAGUUAUCGGGUCAUCUUUGAAAGUACAACCAGUUGCACUUCUCCCGUACAAUGUUAGUCCUGAAGUGCCACAGAUACUCAUCAAUCGUGAAUCUUUACCUCAUUACGCCAGUGAUAUCGAAUUGCUGGGUAAUUGCGAUGAUAUUGUGGCCCAGUUAGCUUUGGUUUUGGGUCCUCCCUAUACCGAUAUAUUCAGAAAAGGUCGGUCUAAGACAAACCACAGCGAUCCUGCCUCAGUCGAAGAAAUUUACGAGAAAACAACUCUUCGGAAGGCCAUCAACGAAAUGCAAUUCAAAAAGUUAUUAGAUCAGCCAGCAGUUAAGCGAGCAAGACUGAAAGAAGAAAUGCCUUCAAUGUGGGAUGCACGAUAUGUUAGCGUGGGAUCGAGACUUCCCGUUGAUGGUUAUCUUUUUAUAGUACCGAACAAAAAUAUAUUCCCUGGUGCAGAAAUGUAUUACGAUAAAGAUGACGAUGUAUUUCGUCAGCUUUCGGAGCAUUAUCAUAGUUCACCUGCAUCAAGCAGUUCAGAGUCCGGAGAAAGUGAAACAAAUCAGGAAGAAAUUUAUUGCAAUAUUGGCGUUAGAACGAUGUCAUUGGAAGAGUCUUCUCUUCCUGUAAGAAGUGCUAGUGAGAGUGAUGAGAGAUCCAGCUCUUGCCCUCCAAGAAUGAAUCUGGAAACUAUAUGUGGUACUGAAGGUUCAUGCUCAGGGAAUAGAUUAAGCGUACGAUUGGAACCUUUCUUGCGAACGAUCACUGUUCAAACGGGCGAGGAGACUACACAUGGUUUGAUCAGGACGAAUAGUUCUAAUCACUUAUUUUUGUAA